CGGGGGCCGUUGUUCGGCGCCGAGGUUGUCUGAGGCUGCUCGGUGGCGGAGGCUUGCGGGUCAGCUCGACGUCCUUCUUCCGAUCCUAGUUUUCCGGAAGAGUUAAAAGAUGGCUGAAUUUCUAGAUGAUCAGGACACUCGACUGUGUGACAACUGCAAAAAAGAAAUUCCUGUGUGUAACUUUACCAUCCAUGAGAUCCACUGUCAGAGGAACAUUGGUAUGUGCCCUAUCUGCAAGGAAGCAUUUCCCAAAUCUGACAUGGAGACUCACAUGGCGACAGAACAUUGUCAGGUUGCCUGCAAAUGUAACAAGAAGAUGGAGAAGAGGCAUUUAAAGAAUCAUGAGGAAACUGAGUGUCCUCUACGGCUUGCCAUUUGCCAGCACUGUGAUUUGGAACUUGCUGUUCUUAAACUGAAGGAUCAUGAAGACUACUGUGGUGCCCGGACAGAGUUAUGUGGCAUUUGUAGGCGUAAUGUCAUGGUGAAAGAUCUAAAGACUCACCCUGAAGUUUGUGGGAGAGAUGGGGAGAAAAAGAGAGAAGAGGUUGCCAUGCCUCCUAAUGCAUAUGAUGCGUCUUGGGGUCAAGAAGGAAUCUGGAUUGCAUCCCAACUCCUCAGACAAAUUGAGUCUCUGGAUCCACCCAUGAGGCUACCCCGAAGGCCUCUGGCAGCCUUAGAAUCGGACCUUUUCCAUAGUAGGACUACCAACCAAAGGAACGUGACAACCCAGUUUCCAAUUCAGAAUAAUUUGUUGGAAGAGCAAGAAAGGCAGGAAAAGAAUAGAAGCCGACAGUCCCCCAAAGAGGGUGGUGAAGACAGUGCAAACUUGGACUUCAUGUUGGCCCUAAGUCUGCAAAAUGAAGGCCAGGCCCCCAAAUUGGCAGACCAGGACUUCUGGAGGGCUGUGCGGGAGGUAGACCAGUACCUUGGAGGUCCCAAUGCUCUGAAUGACCUAAAGGAUGCAGCUGAUGAGACCAUGUUGCCUUGUGAAUUUUGUGAGGAGCUCUACCCAGAGGACCUGCUGAUUGACCAUCAGACAAGCUGUAACCCUUCCCGUGCCUUACCUUCGUUUAAUAUGGGUAGUACUUCCCCCAAAGUGGUGGAGGAGGACCAGGAUGUUAUCUUCCAGAGGUUUCUGCAGCAGGCUACAAGUAACCAGUUAGACUCUUUGAUGGGCCUGAGCAAUUCACCCCCUGUGGAAGACAGCAUCAUCAUCCCUUGUGAAUUCUGUGGGGUACAGCUGGAAGAGGAGGUGCUGUUCCACCACCAGGACCAGUGUGACCAACGCCCAGCCACAGCAAACCACCAUGUGACGGAGGGGAUUCCUAGACAGGAGUUCCAGCCUCGAGAGACCUCACCAGAGCUGCCCAAGAGGCGUAUCAGACACCAGGGAGACCUGUCUUCUGGUUACAUGGAUGAUAUUAAGCAGGAAACAGAUAAAGUGCCCACCUACCCUCUUCCCCCCAGCAGACCCAUUAACAAUAUGAUGACUUCCUGUAACCGAGUGUCAACAUCCACAUCAGGCCCAAGACCUGGUUCCCAGCCCAGCGUAAUGAAGCUCAACAACUUAGACAGCCAGGACUCCCAGGGGCGGAAUCGAAACAGCCAUAAUGGAGCCAUGGCUACUGGGCACGUUCCAGUGAUUCACCCUGUUCGAAAUCUCUACCCAGAUAACCUUGCGCCCUCUUUUCCCCGUGGGUCUUCAGGGAGAUACGGGUCAAGUGGUAGGAGUGAAAGUGGCAGGAGCUCACGGGUCACCCCCACAACCGCCAGCUUUCGCAACAGGACUGCAAAGGUAACUGGGGAUCCAGCCCCAAAAUGCUCAGUGAGGACUCGGAGUGGGUGGGUCUGGUAUGGUUCUUGAAGUCAGAGGAGCUGGGCAACAGGCUACUCGUGGCUUUUGAUGAAGAGGUGUCUGUGGAAGCUCGACAUUUCCAGUUCUAAAGGUGCGCUGCAUUGUCACUCUCUACGUAAGCUUCAUUUGCGUUCUGUUUUCAAUAGGCAAAACCUCCCAAGCAGCAGGGAGCUGGGGAUGCCGAGGAGGAAGAGGAGGAGUAAUGGUGUCUGCAGAGAACCCGCACAGGGGUGCCAUCUGCACAGCUGCACUUGCCGCAGCGCAGGCCCCGUCCUGGGCUCUGUGGGCAGGGGAGAUUUUACGGAUUUAACUUUUUCUAGGUUAUGACCAUUUUGUGUCUUUUGAGAUUGUGAUGUGAAUGUUUGGGGGUUUGAGGGAGGGUUACCAAGGAGGCUGUUGAGAAAUAUUUCAGCUUUAGCUGCUGCCUCUCAGCCCACCAGGACUCCAUCUUUUGACAUACUAUCACCACUGCUUCUUGGUGCUGUGUGGGCCUGGUGGAGAGAGGAGAGAGUUUUGGAAACCCAGUUUCCACCCGUAAAGUGAUUGUCUUCCCUGCAGGGCCUAAAUUUGAGAACUUUUGGAUAACCUCUCCUGUGUACCGCCCCUCCCCACGCUAGAAUUUGGGCCUCUGGGUGUGUGUGGAGGAGCUGUGGGGAGGUGUUCAGGUCAGUUGCAAUAUAUGUUAGGAACAGGCUUUUGGAGAUGAGUUGAACUAGAGGUGAAUGGACUCGAGACUUUGCUGUAAUCCACGCCUUUGGCAUUGGCGUCACUGCCUUCUGUUUCUCGUGGGGAGACGGCUCCUUUUUCUUUGCUGCCUUCUGAUGGAGACGGCGAGGGCCUCCCAGUCCUUGCCAGGGCCAUGCUGGGCUCUGCCCUGAUUGGGACUGAGGCCUAAGCUCCGUGACUUACUCUGAAAACCAAGUAUCAGAGCCCCCAUCUCCCUCUUUUUAUUAUUAUAAUGACUAACAUCCUUGUAAUAGAAAUAAAGUUUGUACUUGAAGUUCA